AUGUUUGAUGCUAAUCACGACGGAGCGAUUGAUUUCAACGAAUUCCUCCUUGCUGUUGCUGCUACUUCUCAAGGUGAUUUGGAUGAUCGACUCGAAGUUGCGUUCGAUAUAUGCGAUACUUCAGAUGACGGACAAAUUGAUCGAAAAGAAUUGGCCGCGAUGAUUUCUGCUGCGUAUGAUCUAUUGGGCGAAGCUGAUCGAAAAGGAGAUCAUGAUCCUAAGAAGCGUGCUGUAGAAAUCAUUAGUAGACUCGAUGUUGGUGGAGAUAAAAAACUGAACAAAUAUGAGUUCAUAGCUGGAGUGAUACUUGCUACCGCAUUCAUUCAUAUCUUGCCUGCAGCUAUGAACACAUUGACAGAUGAAUGUCUGCCACAAGGUUGGAAAGAUUAUGAAGCUUAUGCAGGUUUAUUUGCCAUGCUGGCUAUACUGGCCAUGCAACUCAUCGAAUUCAUUGCACAUCAUCAAUUACACAGGGUACCAAUACACGAGACAAAAGUCGUAGUUGAAGAGGCUCAGAUACAAUCUACUGUAAUAUCUGUUGAAAGCAGUGAACAACAUGGUCAUAGUCAUGGUUUAUCAUUACUACAAGAUACUCAUAAUCAUCGUGUCACUACGUAUUUACUUGAGUUCGGUGUUGCUACACAUUCGAUUCUCAUUGGUGUGGCAUUGGGUACUGAUGAUGGUUCACAUUUUGUAGCACUUUUUAUUGCACUAUGUUUUCAUCAAUUCUUUGAAGCUAUUGCACUUGGUGCACAAAUUUCACAACUUCAAAAUAAAUCAAUAUUACCAGCUAUUUUCAUGGUGAUAUUGUUCUCUCUCACUACUCCGGUUGGUAUUGCGAUUGGUAUUGGCGUUCAUUUGAAUACAUACAAUCCAAGAUCAGAAGCUUCACUAGUGUCGACUGGUAUCCUAGAUUCGGUGUCAGGCGGUAUUUUGAUCUAUGUCUCUUUGGUCAAUUUGAUGGCUGGUGAAAUGGGUAUCACAGCACAUGGAUUUUUUCAAUUGAAAAAGCGUGUGAAAUUUUUAUAUUUUUUUGCUCUGUAUCUUGGUGCAGCAUUGAUGGCUGUUCUUGGACGAUGGGCAUAA